AUGGACGAGCAAGACUCAGCUGGCCCUGAAGCAGGAAGAGGCCAGGCCAUGGAAACAAGGAGCAGUGUGGGAUUCUGGGAAAGCUCUGUGCAGAAGAUCCUGGGCGAGGAGGACACCCUUCGCUCAGAGGUGCAGAGCCAGCAGUUCAGGGAGUUCUGCUACCUGGAAGCCAACGGACCCCGAGAAGGAAAGGAUCCGUUUGCUGAAAUGGGUCCCGAUUCCUCUUCUGCAUCGAGUGAAAGAAGGAUGCUUGCAAGACCUCCUCACCCAUCUCUUCAUCCUGCUGGAGGGGAAGCAGCAGCUGAGGAACCAGAUCAGGGUCUGGUGUGCUUUGAAGAUGUCACUGUUCGUUUCACAGAGGAGGAGUGGGCAUUGCUUGAUCCUGACCAGAGAGCUCUGCAUAAGGAGGUUACAGAGGAGAAUCGUGGUAUCCUGGCCUCUCUCAGUGGUGAUGAAUUAGAAAUGAAGAACCAUCGAAUCCAUGACAAAAUCCACACAGUGAAGAACCCAUAUCAAAAUGUGGAGUGUGGAGAGAGCUCUCAUUCCUCAUCCCAUCCAAGAAAUCCCAUUGGGAAGAAAACGUAUCAAUGCUUGGAAUGUGGGAAGACCUUCCAUCAGAGGUCCCAUCUCACGGCCCAUCAAAGAAUUCACACGGGGGAGAAACCCUAUCAGUGCUUGGAAUGUGGGAAGAGCUUCAACAUGAAACAAAAUCUCACUACCCAUCAAAGAAUUCAUAAAGGAGAGAAACCUUACCAGUGCUUGGAAUGCGGGAAGAGGUUCAGUACGAAGGCCUAUGUCACUUCCCAUCAAAAAAUCCACACAAGGGAGAAACCAUAUCAGUGCUGGGAAUGUGGAAAGAGCUUUGACUGGAAAUAUAAUCUCACUUCCCAUCAAAGA